UUCCAGCGGGAGGGUGGGGGCGAGGAGCCCGCCUCUGGGGGAGCCAGGGGAGCCGUUCUUGGUCCGAGGGCGACCCCGCCGGGCAGGCGGAGUAGGGCCGCCAUGGUGCCAUCGCGAUGCGUGAAGAGCGAGUACAUGAAGCGCUACAAGGAGCCCAAGUGGGAGGCGUGCGGCCCCUGCUACCAGGAGCUGCUGAGCUACCGCCUGAGCCGCCGCCUGCUGGAGCAGGCGCACCGGCCCUGGUUUUGGGACGGCUGGGAGCAGGGCAGCGGCAGCGGCGGGUCCCCGUCGCCUCCCGGCACAUCCAGCCCCCCGACCGCCCGACAGAGGGAGGAGGAGGACGCGGCAGCGCCCAGCCAGCCUGAUGGUCCUGGCAGGCUCGACGGCGUUGGGGAGACCCACAGAGCCCGCCCGCCGGAACCCCAGCGCAGACCCGAUGAAGAAGGGCAAGAAAAAGUUGAAGAAAAGGCUGAAAUCAAGGAAAAUGGAAAGAAGUCUGUGAGGAAAGAAGGGAACAAUUCAACAAGUCAGCCUGGCCUUUCUUCAAGUCACAGUGCUUUGGCCAGCCGAGUGGACAGACAACAAGCAAAAAGUCCUGAAAGACAACAAGCAAAAAGUCCUGAAAGGACAGAAAUACCAAAGGGAACAAAACACCCAUUUGCUUUGUAUGGCUGGGGAGAAAAACAGACUGAUACGGGCAGUCAGAAAACUCACAAUGUCUGUGCAUCUGCUUCAGCAAAUGAAAUUCAUGAGUCGGCAUUAAGAGCCAAGAACAGAAGGCAGUUAGAAAAAAGAAAGUUGUCUCAGAAGCGGAUUCACUCAGCAGAAGUAGAAAGAACCUGGAGAACAAAAUCCUCCGGCCCAGACAAUCCCUGGAUGACGGAAUACAUGAGGUGUUACUCUGCUCGAGCUCGGUGAUUCACAGCUUGAUGGGACUACUUUUUAAUUCAGAAAGCGUUUUCCAAUGCUUUCAGGUUACUGGUGCAAAGCCCCGAAUUACUUAUGUAAGGCUUUUACAAUAGGAUUUUCCAACAGUUUGUUUUGUUAUUUAUAUUUUGGUUUUUCUGUCUGCAGUAAGUGGAACAGAUGGACCCAUAUUGAUGGGAUAUAUAUUUGCCAAUGUAGCUUUCUGACAACUUAUUUUAAAAGAAUGUGUUGCAACAAGUAUUUCUAUUGAUUUCUGGAUGACUUCUAAAAUCUCUAGGUUUUUAUAAUGAAUGUGGAUUUUUUUUAAAGAGCCAAAAACUGCCUAGUAGAAUUUGUUGACUAAUACUCUGUCUCCUUAUAUUAAUAUAAAUUCAAUCCUGAUCCAGAGGACAUUCAUCUUUAAGUCACAUGAAAAUGUGUGGGACUCAAGUUAAAUUGUAACUAAUUCAGACUUUCUACAUUGGGUAGCCCCUAGAUAGACUGUACAAAGAAGUUGCUGUGAAAUUAUUUGAAAGGUGUAAUGUCACUGCAUUUUCAUGUGAUGUAGCUCAUCUUGGGACAGUGUACAUCUGACUUUAUGAUUGGCUAAGCCAGAUAGGGAGCUUUCCAAGGGCCUUGAUUAUAACAAUGUGACAUCCACUUGGUUUGAUGGAUCACAUAUUGUGCAGGUCUUUAUGAAUAGCCAUGCAUAGCUAGCUGUUGAAAACUGUGGGUCUGAAAUACUACAGGCAUUUUGAGAAUUCUGAAAUUUUUCACAGUAGGGAGUAACUUCAUGUUUUAUAGUUUUGAGUUUUGUGGCCAUUUGGAUGUGUCAGUGAGAUAGAUUAUCAUGUGCUGUGCCUGUAUUUUAAGCUGCAUUUCUUUGCUAUCAUAAACCCACUGUACCAAAUGACUUAUGUAGACAAUCUUUAGCCAGUAGUGGUGAUCUGUUCAGUGACUGACAGUAAUGUGGACUUGUUUCCACUGAACUGGAUUGUGAAGUAUUUUUAAUGCUUUGUCCAGAUGGACUAAAAUGUAUUUCUUAAGCAGCUUUAUUUUGUUUUUUUACAAAUUGACAUUUUGAUCACUCUCUAAAAUUAUGAAUUGGGCUUUGCCACUAGUCUGAUCUAUUCAGUGUGUGUUCCACAUGGUACAUACAAGACUUGAGUUGACAGGGCAAAUUUGUUGUACUUCAAAGCAUAUAACAUAUUUCUGCUUUUUCUACAAACAGAUCUGUAUAGGUCAGAGGAAGAAGCCAUUGGCGAUCACAGAAUGUGACAAACCUUGGUUAACGCUUAGUAUUUGUAUCUUUACCAACCUUUUUGAAGUGUAAGAUUCCUAAAGUGAUGAUUUGCUUUAAAUAACAAUAUUGUUUUAGUGUAUAGAACACACUUUAAAAACCUUUGUGGCCACAAUAACAAAAUCUCUUCAAAGAAUGCUGUGUGUCAGUAUCGCAACAUUUGAAAGGGUAACUUUUCUGUGCAGUUGUGAAUGCUCUCCAAACACAUCUCAAUAAUUUUGUGAACUUUUGAGCUGAAUGUCGCUUAUCUGUUCUUCCCAAAGAUACAUCAGGUACUCUGCCUAACCCGUUUUCUGGUUGCAGUGGAGGGUUUUUGGCCUUUUACUAAUUUUGGCUUUUGCUCAGUCCUCAGGUGCCCUUACUGGAGUUUGAAAUUUUAAUGAAACAGUGAUAUCUUGCCUCCUUCUUCUUUCUAGUUCCAUAUCUCCAGUUUAGAAUCAGAAUUAAAGCACAGAUUGCAUUUUGCAUGAGGUUUUGCAACAGUUUGUUGCAUUGACUUCUGUUUUUACAAGGAUCUUAGAGGGCUGUAUGAAAAUUUUAUCACGUCCUAAAGGCCUUUUCUAAAUGAAAGGUAGCAUUAGAAAUUGGUUAAAUUAUUUUUAGCCCUAUCCAAACCCAGAAGUAGUGGGAUGUGGUGCCACUGCAGCGCUACCCUGUUGCCUCCAAGAGGGCUUUCCAGCCAUGCAGGGAGCUCAGAAAAGGCCAGAAUCCCCUCCCCUUACUGCCGAAAACCUGAUAGGGCUUACAAUACUUACACACCAAAAAGGUGGUGUAAAUCCGGGGGCUGGGGAGCUGUGCUCCCAUCCCUCAACCCUGCCCCCCCCCCCCCCCAGUGCAGCCCUGAUGCAGCCUGGACUUCUGGAUUCUGCAGUGGUGGGGCUUCAGGACAGGCAGCCACCAGUGCAUCUGCCCCUUCCACCAGGGUAAGUGCCCCGGGGAGGGCAAAUGCACUAGUGCAAGACCAUGCUGCUCCCUAGAGCCUUUUUGGUCCCCCUUUGAAUGGGGUGUUUAAGUUUCUUUAACUAUCAGAAUUAACUUCCCCCAAGGGUUUCAACAGAGUUGUGGCACUUUCCUCCUGAAGAAUCUUAUGUGUUAGGAUCCUUUGAAAAGGAAUAGUAUACAUUAACUUACACCAAAAUUUUGCAUAUGGUUUUCUGAGAGAACAUGGUUUUGCAGUUAUAGGAUUAAAAAAACACACCUUAACAUGUGGCUUUGGUUAAACAUUUUUACUAGGAUCUAUGAGUGCCAUCCUAAAUACACUUAAAAGGGGCUCACUGACGUCAUUGUGACUUACUUAUAAACAUGCUUAUGGCUACCAUGUUAGCAGGGAAUGGGAAAACAGCCAUCUAAACUAAUCAGUAUAGAAGCAUAUUUAGACAAUAAGUUGCUAAAAAGGUCGUGGUAAAGAUCUUAUGUUUGAGGCCAUUUAAAAUUUUUAGUACAGUCAGUGUAUUAAGUUCUUAAUAUCACUGUAAAAUGGAGACACUACCUGUUAAGAAAGUCAGUGAAGUUCUACCAUACAUUUGUGGCUCUUCUGUCUUCAACACUGCUGAAGGAUGGAUUAGUACAUCUUUCAGCUGCUACAUGCAUGGAGCACUCCAGGUUACAAAUGUUGUUUUGGUAGUUGCAGUGAAGUAACAGUAUCAUAUUCUUAUCUAUCCUUCCAGUUUGAUGAACUGUCAAAUUGGUCUGUGAUGGGAGUGCAGCCUGAAUCACUGUUAAUGGAAUGUAGAAGUUUGGCUGUGUGUUUUCGUACAGUUGCAUCUUUACACCACAAUGAAAUUAUUAACAUUAAAAUGUCAGAUUUCUCUUAUUAAACUGUCACAUUUAUGAACCGUAGUGGGUUAGAUCCAGGAUGAGGACCAUGCAAGGGCCGAUGCUUUUCAUAGCUUUCUCUUAUCCCCAACAGUCUUUUUAUUUCUGCAAAAUAAUAUUCCAUGUGGAGUAACAGCUGUGGGAGGAGAGGGGCAGGGAACAAAAUUGCUUUGGACUUUCUGCUUGUUACUUUCCACUUAUGGAAUAAAGGAAAAUGGCCUAUGCUGUUGUGGGGGUGGGGGAUGGUUGUCCCAUAACCUUAGCAAUAAACUUUGCAGGGGAAGGGGAAAAGCAGAAUGCUUAAUGAUUGUUGGCACUGGUUGUUGUGUGGCCAUGGUCUGGUGAUUUUAGCUGCUGAUAUUUUGUGUGCAUCUGUGGCUUGCAUCUUCAGAGGCAUGUCAUGAUAAGAUGUGUUCCUGUGGCACAGUAUGCCACAUUUGUGUGGCUGAGUAUCUUCUUUGCCCUCCUGUCAGGUGUGAGGUGGAGUUGCAGUUGCAUUGCCUUGUGUCCUGGUGGUUUGAAUGUGUGGGGCUCAUCACAGAAACCAGAGCGAAAUGAGGCAGUUUGGGGAAAGGGCGUAGAAGAAUCAGUAGUACCUGGUGGACUGUUAGAUAGUAUUUGAAUAGUCCCUUGGUUUUUAGUUUUGAUUUCUUUUAGUACCAAUAGCCAAGUUUUGUUGAUUUUCAGGCUUGUUUCCUUUUUGUUGAAACUGUCUUGGUGCUUGUGUGUUUCAGUGGAUUCCCUAUGUAGUCUGACAAAACCUGGCUGCUGGUACUAAAGGACGCCAAAAACCAGGGGACUUUUCAAACACCAUUCAUCAGUUCAACAGUUAUUACAAAUUCCUUCCCCUUCCCCCUGCCUCACCUCAUUCCACUUUCUGAGAUGACUCUCACCCAUUCAAACCACCAGGACACAUAUUAAUGUAACUACACAAAUCACUCCACACUGUCACGGAGUGAAGGUCAUUUUACCAUGACAUGCCUCUGAAGAUGCCAAUCACAGAUGCAGGUGAACAAGACCAUAUGGCCACACAGCUGGGAAAUCUGCAGCAGCCAUAAUAGAUUGUUGGCACCUUCUGCUGAUGGGUCAUAGGAUCUAUCUCUAUCAGAGUGACUACCAGUCAUGGCUACAAGUGCUGUUUUACUGAAGUUGAUGUUUCUCAGGCUUUUUAUUUAAGCACUCUCUGAAUUUGGAGCAGCUCUUUUGUUAGGGAACCAAGCAGCUGCAGGUUGAAAAGAUGUUUGAUUUGGAUCCCAAAUUUAACACUGGUAUUAGAAUUCAUUCUGGGCUCUUUUAACAUUGACCAGUAAAGGAGUCCAUGACAUGUUCACUCCUUGCUGUUUCCUCAUUGGCAUGGAAGUUUUUUCUAGCUGUAGUAUCUAUUCUGUACUGCUUGAAGGAAAAAACCUCUGGCUCAGCCUUUUGUAGAAUCCUCUCCCACCCUGAGAACUUGUGCUCUCAUUUGAGAUGGCCAUUUGCCCCUGGGGAGCAGGAACCAUCUCUCAUAUUACUUCCUUUAAGCCAUAGGUACUUCAACCUGUUGAGAGCCGACUGCUGCAUUUCUAUUCCAGGCUGCACUUGCACUGAAAAAACAGCUUCUUGGUGCUUCCAUGUGUCAAUAGGGAAAAUACUGUUUUGGAGCCAGUAAACAACUGGGAACAUAGCUGUAUGUUAGAGUCAAUGUUUACAUUUGUCCCCAGAACAUGCUGGGUUGUGACCUUGAGGUGAGCUAUUCAUCUUAGACUACAUGAGAAACAUCUUGAGUAUUUUUGGCUUUAACCCUGAGAAACCAAAUUGCAAGUUAGGCAGCAAAGCCAUACAGGAAGUCGAACUUUGUUUCUACGUGUAAUUCUUAGACAGGAAAUGGGGAAAAGAGAUAGGGGUGAAGUGAAGCUCCAUCAGUUUGAUUUUGUGAGCACUGAAAUCACUUUAGAGAAAACUAUGGGGAAAAUUUAAGCUUGAAGCAAUAUGUGACUUAGAAUGUUUUCAAGUAGUACUUGUUUUUCUAAUGUUUGUGUUCUUUAUAUUGUACAUUCCCUAACUUUGAACAUGUGAAUAAAAUGAACUCUAAUAAUA